AUGGUUACCGAAAAAUCACCAGUGUUUUUCUUAAGUAGUGUGUUGGGUUUAUUUCCAAGUAAGCAACAUAAAAAAUUAUCAAGAUCUGUGGGUAUUGUAUUCAUUAUUUUAAUAGUGAUUUAUUAUUGUGAAGAAUUAAAAUGGAUCAUCUCAAAAAGUGACGAAUCUAACACUAGCAGACUACUGUAUGUUUCAUACGUAACGUUAAAUAUACUUUUAAUUGUAGUAUGCUAUAUAAAUUCAAUAAUACAUUACAAACUAUGUUCAAGUUUUACAAACAAUAUUGCUUUUGUUGAUCAUUUAUCCAAAAACUUAGAGCUGAGUUUUAAUUACAAUGUUAGCAAUUCAAACGAAUACAAGAAAAUUUUAUACAUAUUUUUAUUCACGGUCAGCUUCGCAAUACUUCAUCAAUUGGGAUUAACUGAACAUAAUUUCCCAUCGGUAAAUAUAAUCGAAAUCGCUUGCAUACCUAUGAUUUGGUUACAAGUAUAUCAAAUAGAUAUCCUAUUGAAUCAACUAGCAAUGCGAUUUAAUUACAUAAAAUGUAUACUAGAAACAAAUAUAAAAAAAUCUAUAGAGGCGUAUUGGAUUCACUGGUGUUCGAUUGGACCUAAGGAUAUUACUACACUUAAUCGUAUACAUUUUUUUACGUACAUUUCAUUCAAAGAAGUCUGUUCAUUUUACGAUAUUCAACUGCUUGUAAUAAUACCACGAGUGAUCGUAUCCAACGUUUUGCCAGUUCAUUAUAAUGUAGUUGCAGCCCUGAUGUCUGAUAAGGAUGAAACGCCACACAAGUGGUCUCAGAUUUUUACAUUGUCUAUGAUUGUUUUAUCAAUUGGGCCUAUCAUUCAUUUGGUAAGGUGUGCCAGCAAUACAAUCAACAAAGCCACACAAAUAAUAGACACUAUUCAUAAGUUGUUAGACCUUGAGCUACCACAAGAAUUAGAGGAUGAAUGUUUAUUUGUUUUAGCUGUACUUGUUUUCACAACAGUUACUGCAUCGACCACUAAAAUUUACUGUAAAAGAAAGUUUUACUAUCAAACCAUCGCUAGUAGCUUCAAUGUUGGAGUUGAUAAUCACCUACGUUAUAAUACUCUUACAAUUUCAAGACUCGUUAAAAACAAUUUCUCCGGCACAGUUUUUAGUUAGCCCAAAAAAUUAAAUACUCACUAAUGGCCAACCGACAGUAUGUUCUACUCUCCCUGGACUAUGGUUUUCAGGUUUCACCUCCCAAAUUUCCUUAAUGCCUAAUCCAUAAGAUUGAGGAGAACAAUUUUCACGUAGAUUAAAUUUUUUAAAUAAUUGUUUAGUCAAAUGCCCAUGACAUCCUUCAGCGAAUAUAGUCACUUUGGCGUGCAGUUCCAUACCACGUUCAAAGCUGUCCUAUAC